AAGGGAGUCAUAUGGACCAGCUGUAACACAUUUCUUAGUGGUUUUAGAAUGCGUGUGAAACUGUCAAUAUUUUCAUCGGUGCACUGAACAACAAACAUCUCAGACGAUCAUGUACUCCGACGUCAGUUCAUCGGUUGUUCGUCUCAAUAUAGGUGGAAAGAAGUUUUGCACAACUGUUGAUACGUUAACGCACAGGGAGCCUCAAUCGAUGCUUGCUGCUAUGUUCAGCGGUCGCCAUACAGUUUGCAAGGAUUCUGAUAAGGGAUACGUGUUUGUAGACAGGGAUGGAAAACACUUUCGGCACAUCUUAAACUGGUUGAGAGACGGUGUGGUUGCGAGCUUGAGUGAUUCAGAGUGUUCAGAGCUUAUGCGGGAAGCAGAAUACUAUCAGCUUCUUGGCUUAGUGGACGGGAUAACUGAGUUCUUGAAUAGAAAGAAGGAUGGUGAAGAAAUGGAUACUGAAUUAACGCGCACUGAUAUUAUCAAAUGUGCACAAUCUGAAAAGGUCAGAUUAAGAGGAGUAAAUCUAUCUGGCCUUGAUCUUUCAAAACUGGACUUGUCCUAUGUGGACUUCAGCUUUGCAUGCUUGAAAAACGUUUUCUUCUCACGUGCUAAUCUUCAGUGUGCUAAAUUUCGGGAUGUUGAUGCUGAAAAUACCAUAUUUCACAAUGCAAUAUUGCGUGAAUGUGAGUUCACAGGAGCUAAUCUCCGUGGCGCAUUGCUAGCUGGAGCUAAUCUUCAAAGUGCAAACUUACAAGAUGCUUGCUUGAUAGAUUGUAGCUUCUGUGGUGCAGACCUGCGAUCUGCACAUCUCCAAACCGCUGAUCUUACAAAUGCAAAUUUGGAGGGAGCCAACUUAGAAGGAGCCAAUUUAAAGGGUGCCAAAUUGCAUAAUGCCAAUUUAAAGGGUGCGAAUCUUCAACGCGCUUAUCUUCGUCAUGUGAAUCUUCGCGAUACACAUUUGGAAGGCGCAAAGCUGGACGGGGCGAAUUUGCUUGGAGCAAUUAGAUGACUAUGAAGAAUGGAGGUAUUCGUAUCUUUUGUUUUCCAUGAUUUUUAUGUGCUUAAUUAUAAUCUUUGUUACUUGAUGUUUUUAUGCAUUACUUGAUACAAGUAAUUUGUAGUUACUUUCGUAUCACUUUUCGUAUAAACUUAACGAUUGUUGACUUGUGAUAUGCAAGUAAAAUAGGCUAUUGUAUGUUUGUGUA